UCGGCCGAUCCGAGCCAGCGGAUGAACUUUCUUCAAACUAUUUAAUGGCUUCACGCUUGAGACGCUUCGCGGCGGCGGCGGCGGCGUUGCUAGCUGCAAAGCGUGAGCUCCAGAUGUCCGUGCAUCGGAAGGAAACACGCACCCACCCGCGACGGAGUGACUCACGCGCUCAAGUAGUCGAAUAAGCGGUCGCCGGUGCGGACGGGGAGAUUUGCCGUUAUCGGGCUCCCUUUUUCGUGCGCCUACUUAAAGCCGAAGCCGGCAAGGGAGGCGUCGAGCUCGCAGCCGCUGGCUGACACAUAUGGAGAGCACGCGUGCGCAUCUUCGUCAAGUGCUCGCCUCCGACGCCGUUUAGCUUCAAAGGUGGCCACGAGUGCGGAGCGGAGAGGGGGGGCCCCGAAUACUUAACUUGAGUUUGGGACGUUUUCAACGACAACCUUGCCCGCGAAGAAGAUGCGUCAGGAGGUCGUGAGGAGGCUUCACAUGUCGCCUGUCAUGUUCACCGUGCUGCUGCUGAGCUUGGCCUCGGCCUUCCCGAGCAGACACAGAAAUGCUGCUCACAAGGGUGACGGCCACCCAGUUCAAAGCGGAGGGAUCCAGUACGACCCGGAUGCCUUAAACAAGCAGAACCAGGUCCAGAGUGUGCCUCAGCCUCACGGCCAUCAGAAAAAGUGGCCCCACCCUCAACACCGCUCAGUUGGACUGCUUCCUCAGCCAGAACCUGAGGAGGAGACCAAGCCCUUCAUCCUGGAUUUAAAGAACUACCCAGACUUGGCAAAUGCUGAUCUGAAUUCUCAGAACCCCAACAUACAGGUGACCAUUGAGGUGGUGGACGACCCUCAGAUGGAGGUGGAGAUGGACCUGGCCAAGGACAGCGACUGGAUACCGUCGUCUUCCUCCUCUCCCUCUUCGUCAGUAGACUGGGUUGGGGGGAAGAAGCUUUUCUGGCCGCUUUUCUGGAGUUACACCGACUCCAGCGAGGACAGCAACAGCCGCUCAACCAUGGAAGAAACCAGCGAGGAAGAGGAGGACGAGUAUUCGCUCUAUGGCAGCGAGGAGCCCUCACUCAGCGGAGUGGGUGGGGAUUGGGGUAAUUACUGGAACGAAGGCUGGGAUCCAGUGCAGACCUACUAUGAGAAGGAGGCUGAUGAGUGGACUCCGUGGUCUCCUUGUUCGGUCACAUGUGGACCUGGAGAGAGGAAGAGGACAAAGUCAUGUGGCUACUCGUGUACUCUGACAGAAGCCUCGAAGUGUGACCUGGAGCCUUGUCCUGGUGAAGUCAACACUGUGGUCGAGCCUUUUCCUUUUGACAUGGAAAAUGGCACCGAGCCAUUUGGAACAGAUGUGGACAGCUGCGAAAAGUGGCUGAACUGCAAGAGCGACUUUCUCCAGCGGUACCUCCGCCAGGUGUUCUUGGAGCUGCCCAGCUGCCCUUGCUCCUUCCCCUCCGCGGUGGCGUACACGGUGGUCAGCGUCUACGACGACUCUCACGGGCAGACGUUCCGAUGGCGCGACGCCAGCGGCCCCAAGGAGCGCCUCGACAUCUACAAGGCGUCGGCCCGCGGCUGCAUCCGCUCGGCGCUCUCCGGCGACUCGUCCACGCUGGCGGCACAACACUGUUGCUACGACGACCGCGGCCGGCUCAUCACGAGGGGGAAAGGCGCCGGCAUGCCCAACUUGAUCAGCACCGAGUUCUCGCCGGAGCUGCACUUCAAAGUGGACGUGCUGCCCUGGAUCCUGUGCAAGGGUGACUGGAGCCGCUUCCACGCCGUCCGACCGCCCAACAACGGCCUGAAGUGCGCAGAGAACCCCCACGAAGAUGUGUUCAUGAAUGAACUGGAGGAGGCCAGGGAGUACUGAUGGAACGCAGCCAAAAUGACGGCCUACCUUUAAAAGUCAUGUACAAUUUGUCUCAAGCAUGCGGCGGCCAUUUAUCACGCAUUACCAAGAGAAAACCUUCCCCGAUCUCCUCACGGGAGGCUCCAGAGAAGGAAGUCAACAAUACAAAAUUGGAGCGCCUUGUAUUCGGUUUUGCACCUGCUAGUGUCUUUAAUGGUGUUUUCAAAAGCACAAGAAGAACCUGAUUGUGCUCCGUUUAGUUUUGGCACGAGGGAAUGGAGACGUACAGGCUGGUUAUACUCGCAGUGACGCUGCUACACAAUUAAAUGAAAUAUACAGUAUAUUAGGUGUACAGGAAAGGGCUCUAUUAUCGUAGACAGCCGAGGAAAACAAUGACAGACAUAAUCCAUACAUAAAUAUGGCAACAGCAGUCAUGAAACCCUCUGAGACAUACAAAUCAGGAUAUUUAACAUAUUAUCAUGAGCUUCAUUAUAUUUUUUCAAUCAUCUCACAGACCUAGGAGGCACGAAAUUGAUUUGGGUGGAGUUUAAACAUAACACUGGGGAACAAUUAGAAGAUAAAAUCUGUUGAGUUAGUUCUUUAAUGCUGGUUACAACUAAAAUUUACACGCUGUUUACCAAGAUGGGAGUCCAUUAUUUUCCACAGCCUUCCCUCCGGAUAAGCAAAAUUCCACUGGGUUGCCAGCUAAAUUACAAUUGGAAUCCUCUACAGCUACGUGGCAACUUGUUUCUUGCAGUCACAAUUGAGCACCCAGUAGCUCAGUACUAUCAAUAUCUGCAAAUGGAUCACUAGCAUAGUAGGAGUCAAAAGGAUUUGUGCCAUAUACUUAGUAAAACAUCCAUCCAUCCAUUUUCUUUGCCACUUAUUCUCACGAGGGUCGCGGGGAGUGCUGGAGCCUAUCUCAACUGUCAACGGGCAGGAGGCGGGGUACACCCUGAACUGGUUGCCAGCCAAUCGCAGGGCACAUCGAGACAAACAACUGCACUCACAAGCACACCUAGGGGCAAUUUAGAGUGACCAAUUAAUGCUGCAUGUUUUUGGGAUGUCGGAGGAAACCGGAGUGCCCGGAGAAAAACCCACGCAGGCAAGGGGAGAACACGCAAACUCCACACAGGCAGGCCGGGAUUGAACCUGGGUCCUCAGAACUGUGAGGCCAACGCUUUACCAGCUGAGCCGCUGUGCCGUCUUAGUAAAACAUAAUAGUGAUCAAUAAACAAUGCAGUCAGAGAAAAAGCUGAUGUGGGUGCCAAAUUGUUGAAAAGCUGUGUUUGGUUAUUGUGUACCUCCAAUCUCUUUCGUCUCUAUGUUGAAAAGAAGCAUCUAUGCUUCCAUGGUCUUUGUGUCUCUGCCAUGUUCUCAGGGGGACUCCAAAAGUAGCUGCCAUGAAAAAAAAAAAAUGUCGUCCAUUAAACCUCAACAAUUGGAUCUGGUAAUGUACGAAGCGGGUGGUAUCAGGUGUGGGUCAUCCAGAUCGGAAGUCAUUUUUUGAAAAAUGGUGCUUUUUGUUUGGAUAUGUGCUCGAUUGUGAUCAGACAGAAAGGGUAUUCCCGUUCCUACACACAUAUAACUACACGCAUAUAUUUACACACACAUACAGACUCUCAAUAGUUCACCGAAAUAUUGUUGAAUGGUCCUUUCUAUCUGAUCAUACUUCUAUGGAUGCUGGCUCCAAAUCCUCUUUUUUUCUUCUUCAGGAACUGAACUGAUUUGAAUGGAAGGCACUUUAUUUGAGCUCUAUGUACUGUAUAUAGAAAUACAAAAGAUUUAUUGAUUGACAGAUGAUGUGUCGGUGGCCCAGUCAAGUGUUAAUAUGGACAAAAGCAUGAUCUUUUUUUUUUUAAUCUAGUUUGACAUCUACGGUGUUGUACAGUAUUUAUUUUUCUGAUUGCUCUCUCUUUUUUUUAAGCUUUCAAACACGGUGCACUGGUCGGACUGAGAAAAGAAAGCACCGCAUUUAAAUUAAAUGAAAAAGGGAAUAACUUGCAUUGCUUCAUCCAGCUGCAUCGUGCGUGCGUGCGUGUGUGUUUGUGUUGUUGUUGUUGUUCUGCAAUGCUCUUUGCUGUUGCAA